AUGGGUGAUGAAACAUGUAAUAAUCAUGAGGAGAAUAGAAGAACUAUGUAUGAAUUGUUGCAUCCCACACAAAAUUCUGUUCCUUCAUGCAUCAUGAUUCCACCUAAUGCACCACAUGUAGAAUUGAAGCAAGGUUUAUUAGCAAUACUUCCUGACUUUAGGGGACAAGAAAAUGAAAAUCCUUAUGUCCAUGUUAGAGCUUUUGAAGAGGUAAUUAGUAGUUUCUAUGCACAAAAUGUUAUUGAGACUACUAAGUUACGUUUCUUUUCCUUUUCUCUUAAGGAUAAGGCAAGAAGUUGGCUUUACACCUUGAAACCUAGGUCUAUAGGUAGUUGGGGGGAGAUGGCCAAAGAGUUUUUUAAGAAACAGUUUCCUCCCCACAAAGUCCAGCAAGUAAAAAGAAGGAUAGCUAGUUUUGUCCAAGGAGAAAAUGAGACCUUAUACCAAGCUUGGGAAAGGUACAAAGAUCUUUUCAAUUUCUGCCCAACUCAUGGGUAUGAAGAUUGGAGAUUGGUUAGCUAUUUUUAUGAAGGACUUACACCUAUGGACCGACAGUUUGUUCAACUCUCAUGCGGAGGGGACUUUUUACAAAAAGAACCCGAAGAUGCAAUAGAUUAUCUUGAUGAGAUAGCUGAAAACUCUAACACAUGGAUUGGACCUAGCCCUAUGGACUCCACUGAUAGGACUAGAACUAACACUACCACUUCUAGUGGAAGUGUUUUCAAGUUGAGGGAAGAUGAUAACAUGAGUGCAAAAAUCAGCAUGUUAACUGAAGAAAUUGAGGCACUCAAAAUGAAAGGAAGUAGGAAUGUUAGUGCUACCUUUAGAGAGGACCCAAUGGAGGUGUGUAAAAUUUGUCAUGAGAUAAACCAUGCUACAAAUGAAUGUGCAUCACUUUCAUCAUUCUUGAAUGUGCCAGAAGAACAAGUACAUGCAUUUAAUUCAUACUGGCCAAAUAAUUCUUCAUAUUCUAACAAUUAUAACCCAAAUAUGCAAAACCAUCCGUAUUUGAGUUAUAAGAGUGACAAUGUGUUGAAUCCUCCUGCUCCAAGGAAUUUUAAUUCACCACAUGCAUCAUCAUCAUCAUCUAGAACUUCCUUGGAGGAUGCACUUAGUACUUUCAUUCAAAGGCAAAGUGAGUAA